AGUCCAUGGGUCAUACGAAGCCUUGAAGGGAGGCAACACCACCGAAGCCAUGGAGGACUUCACCGGAGGAGUCACAGAGUUCUAUGAGAUAAAGGAUGCCCCUAAAGAUAUCUAUAAAAUCAUGAAACAUGCCAGUGACAGAGGAUCCCUCAUGGCCAGCUCCAUUGAUGAUAACCUAGGCUUUUCCUAUGGAGCAGCUCCUGGGAGCAGCAUUGGGGAACAGAUUGCUCGCAUGGUGAAGAAUCUAGAAAAUGCACAGAUGGCUCACUCCACUGCAGACUACCAGGGGACGGAUGAGAGGCCAGCCUGGACCAUAGUGCCAAUGCAGUAUGAAACCCGGAUGUCUUGCGGGCUCGUCAAAGGUCAUGCCUACUCUGUGACGGCCGUGGAAGAGACAGUAUUUAAAGGGGAAAAAAUACGUCUGGUGAGGCUGAGAAACCCCUGGGGGCAGGUGGAAUGGAAUGGACCUUGGAGUGACAAGUCAGAGGAGUGGAACUCCGUUAAUGAAGAAGAGAAGAUUCGCCUGCAGCACAAGGUCGUGGAGGAUGGGGAGUUCUGGAUAUCAUUUCAAGAUUUCCUGAGGCACUUCACAAAGCUUGAGAUCUGUAACCUCACCCCUGAUACGUUGGAAGUGGACAAAUUCCAGACCUGGACUGUAUCGGUCAGCGAAGGGCGCUGGGUGAGAGGCUGCUCAGCUGGAGGUUGCCGCAAUUUUCCAGAUACAUUUUGGACCAAUCCUCAGUAUCGCUUGAAGCUCCUGGAGGAAGAUGAUGAUCCUGAGGAUGAAGAGGUUAUCUGCAGCUUUCUUGUUGCACUGAUGCAGAAAAACAGGAGAAAAGAGCGCAAGCUGGGAGCCAACCUGUACACCAUUGGCUUUGCCAUCUAUGAGGUGCCUGAAGAGAUGCAUGGUACUAAGCACCACUUGCAGAAGGAUUUUUUCCUCUACAAUGCCUCCAAAGCUAGAAGUAAGACCUAUAUAAAUAUGCGAGAAAUCUCUGAGCGCUUCCGGCUACCUCCCAGUGAGUAUGUCAUCAUCCCAUCAACAUACGAACCCCACCAGGAGGGAGAAUUCAUCCUGAGGGUCUUCUCAGAGAAAAGAAGUCUUUCAGAGGAGGUUGAAAACAUGAUUGAGGCAGAGCGUCCAUUGGAAAGGAAGCCUAAAGGUACUCCAAUCAUCUUUGUUUCUGACAGAGCAAACAGCAAUAAGGAACUGACAGCAGAUGAAGAUGCUGGCAAAGAUGGUGGAAAGAACCAAAUAGAUGUGAAAAAGCGUGCUUCAACAAAAGCUCCUGAGGAGAGUGAAGAGCAAAUACAGUUCAGGAAUAUUUUCCGACAGAUUGCAGGGGAUGACAUGGAGAUCAAUGCUGAAGAACUUAGGAAUGUUCUCAAUAACGUUGUAAAAAAACAUAAGGACCUAAAGACAGAGGGAUUUGAACUGGAAUCCUGCCGCAGCAUGAUUGCUUUGAUGGAUACAGAUGGCUCAGGGAAGAUAAACUUUGAUGAAUUUCGACAUCUCUGGAACAAGAUUAAAAGUUGGCAGAAAAUUUUCAAGUGUUAUGACACAGAUCAUUCAGGAACAAUUAACAGCUAUGAGAUGCGCAACGCAGUCAAUGAUGCAGGGUUUCGGCUGAACAACCAGCUUUACGACAUCAUCACCAUGCGCUACGCCGACAAGAACAUGAACAUUGACUUUGACAGCUUCAUCUGCUGCUUUGUGCGUCUGGACGCCAUGUUCCGGGCAUUCCACGCCUUUGAUAAAGAUGGAGAUGGCAUCAUUAAGCUCAAUGUCCUGGAGUGGCUGCAGCUCACAAUGUAUGCGUAA